ACAACUUUCAUAUAUAUAGAAAAGAGAGUAGAAUGCUUUCAAUAGGCCUGGCCUGUAUAUGAGCAAAGACUGCUGCUGGAGGGAAGAAAAACAAUCAAAGAGGAAUUUUAGAAUUAGUUUGUUGAAUGAAUUUUGUUUGGAUUUCGAUAAAGCUACGUUAUGGUACUAGUUGGUUUGAGUUUAUGGACAUUCUCUUGGAUAUUCACUCAAGUUAAAACGGCAGCUAUCCAUUACCAAAGCUACAACCCAGUUUUUCUACAAAGGACGGAAGCUGAAUGGCGCUCACUAUGGCAUAACGACUGUCACCGGGUGUGCCACUUCGAACUCGAUCAACACGUCGACCUGGCGUGUAGAAUGGACAUUUACCGGAUACGCAAACGCUCAGUUGAUGCAGCGGAGGAACCAAGGAUCAGCAAUAAAUAUGAAACAGAUAACCAAAAUACGAAGGGGAUCUUUAUUGACAAAUCCACCUCCAUGAAGUUUUUGUCACCUGACUCCGUACACAGCAUCAGGAGGAAAAGGAAUGUUCUGAACGAGUGCUGCUACUCUAAAGGCUGUAGUUGGGAGGAAUUUGCCGAAUUUUGCCAGUUUUCUAUUCGACUUCCAGCAACGAACGCUAACUCUUGCGUAUCCUAACCAAAAGUUCUGUUAGAGAAUUAUUCUACACUUUAAAAGCAGGACUAGUCGAUUGUGAAUGAGAAUUAAAUCAUUGUAUCACU